AUGGAUUUUAAAAAUAAUAAUAACAGUAAUAAUGAUUAUGAUUUUUCAUUAUUAAUUUUAAAAGAUAAAAAAGUGAAUAUUGAAUUAGAAUGGCCAUUUCAAGUGAAUAAAAUAUCAGAUGCUUAUAAGAAUAAAAAAAUUGAUAGAGAAACUUUAAUAAAACAUUUAAAUAUUUUAGUUGGUGAUAAAACUGAUUAUUAUUUAAAGAUAAUUGAAGAAAAUCCUGAAGUUUCUUCACUACCAAUAGAUUUUAAUUUACAAGCUACUCUAUCAAGAACUCAAGAAUUAUUUGAUGAAUAUCAAAAAACAAUUCAACUUUUACAAAUUCAAAAUAAACAACAACAACAACAGCAACAGCAACAACAACAACAACAGCAACAACAACAACAAAAUCAAAAACAAAAUAAUCAACAAAAAAAUCAACAAAAUAAAUCUACAACAACAACAUCAUCAUCAAAAAUAUCGACAAAUUCACCAAAUAUAAAUCAAAAUGAUUUAUGUUGUAAAUGUAAAUCAAUUUUUGGUAAAGAAGUUUAUCAAUUCAAUUUAUUUGAAUAUUUAGGAAAAUAUAGUAAUGAUCAUAAAAUGACUGAUUAUUGCACUGAAGCAUGCUGUUUUCAUAUUGUUAAAAAGUAUCAAGAAGUUAUUGAAUAUGCAAAUAACAGAAUAUUCUUUUAUAAAUCUUUAAAAACUGAAAAUGGAUGUUACAAUGGUUGUAAUGUUGGAUUUGUUGAAUUUUAUCAAUAUAUAAAUUGUUUAAUUCCUUCAAUUGCUCCAUUAUUUAAAAAGGUUGAAGAUUCUAUUAAAUUUAAAAUAAGAAAUAAAAAAUUAACAAUUAAUAAAGAAACUACAAAUAAUCAAUCACUUUAUGGUUUGUAUUGGUCUACAAAUAAUAUGAUAUCUUAUGAAAUCAAUUCAAAUACUCCCAUUGAAGAAUAA